AUGGGCUCACUAUCGGCACACAACGCUCCUGUGCGCUACUAUAAAACAUACCGCCGCAAGAGCUGUCUUCUUAGUUUGCAGACAAGGCGUGUGUCCUCUAUACUUCGAGUACAAACGGAAACAGAUUUGUCUACGAGAACGAUCCAAGAAAUAGAUUCAAUUCAGCCUUCGAGUGAUGAGGAUACAGGCUAUAUUUCUGCCGCCGCUUCUACGUCGUAUCAACUUCUAGAUCCAGUGGAAUACGGCGAACAUGGUGCCGCUUUUCUUUCUGGAAACUAUUAUCCGGUAGGACAGGAAGUCACGGCCUGUUGCGAUUAUGAUGCGCAAGCUGGUGAUGAUUCUUCGACGAUGAAAAUUAACGGUAAAAUUCCAAGCGAUUUUCCACUCGGUCAGUACGCGUACGUAGGCCCCAAUCCAAAGUUUGCUGUUGAUCACUACAAGCGUUGGGGUGCAGGUCCAGGGCAAGUAGAUUUUGGUUUAGGAUCAGGCUGGCAUCAUUGGUUCGAGGGUGAUGGUAUGAUCUACGCUGUAGACUUUUGCACUGGCAACAGAGUUAAAUUUAGAAAUCGUUUUAUUCGGACGUCUAGCUGGAAGCGUGAGAUUGAAAGCGGAAAACGCAUAUUUAGACCACUCAUGAAUGCUGACGGUGGAACAUUUCUGGCAAAUGCACUUUCCAACCUCAUCACGGGUGGAAUGUUUAUGAAAGACAGUGCAAAUACGGCGCUUCUCCAUUUUGCUGGUAGGACGUUCGCGCUACAGGAUACCUGUCCGCCUUGGGAACUUGAUCCAGAUACCCUCGAAACAAUUUCAGCAUGUACGUUUGAUGGCAAACUACCUCCUUACGUUCCUUUCACUGCGCAUCCAAAAGUGUUACCGUCAACCGGUGAACUUAUUUUCUUUGGUUUCAAUCCAGUCUCACCGCCACAUUGCUCUGUGGGUACGUUGAAGCCAGAUGGUACAAUCUCGAGCAUCAACUCGCUUUGGUCUAUCCCGUUUGUUGGUAGCAUUUUCAUGCACGAUUUCUGUGUAACUGAGCAUUUUACGGUUCUUUUUGAAGGCAGCAUGGAUAUCAAGCCUGUUCGACAGUUGCUAGGGAAACACCCUCUUCAGUAUAACGAAGACAAGCGGGCGCGUUUUGGAGUGUUGAAUAGAGAUGCACAGUCAACAAGCGUGACUUGGUUUAAUUGUAGCUCGUCACAAAUGGUAUACCACUUCAUCAAUUCGUGGGAGGAAAAAAAUGAAAGGAAUGAGCAGUUGAUAGUCAUUACUGGAAUUCGUGAAGACGGCUUUUUCCAAGAGGCGAUGCGCGCUAACGGUUCAAGUGAGUGGAUCAAAGAGGCCGUGCGAGUUGGCAAGAUUCCAAAAGUUCAUGAAUGGAGAAUAAAUCUUGUCACUGGAAAGGUCACAGAAAGAUAUCUAUUUAGUAUUCCUUUAGAAACCCCACGCAUCAACGACGCAUUUGUUGGAAGGCGAAACAGGUACGCCUACGCCGGGCGAGUCCUUUUGUCAGAGUUGGAAUCGACCACUCAGCUCAAGUUUGACGCAGUCGUGAAAAUUGAUAUGCAAGAGCAGAAGACGGUCACUUAUGAGCAUGGUCCAAACCGUUACGGUAUGGAAGCCCAGUUUGUUGGAAGACCAGGAGGUGUAGAUGAAGAUGAUGGCUGGUUAGUUAUGUACGUUCAUGAUGAGAGCUAUACAGCAACAGACGUUAAUGGGCGCACCGAGUGCGUCAUAAUUGAUGCACAAGAUGUAGAGGCUGGUCCCGUAGCAACAAUUCUUCUGCCCGAAAGAGUGCCAUAUGGGGCUCAUUGCAUGUGGCGGGCGGAUCUAAAAUACCCAGGUGCAACAUUUGAAGACACAGCAGUAGCAUUUGAAGCACUCAGUGCGAAUUUUCAAGUUAAUGAGCCAAAGAUGUUUGCCUUCGAACAGUCGCAGCGAGGAGAGCUUCUCGAGGCUGUUUGGAAAGGGCUCUCUCGAGUUGCUUUGGGUCUGUUUGUACACGGUUGGUCCCCACGCAUCGCGCGUGAAAACGUUACAGAGUACGCUUUCGUGAGAGGCGCUGGACUACGGUUUUUGGAGGUCAGCAAGCUUGGUAGCCACCGUCUGAGAGAGGCAGUCAAAGAACGUGCCGACGCUACGCCAGCUCCACCAACGCUGACACUUUAUGACGUCGAGGAUGACGACUCCUGUCGGCUUGUACGAGAGGUUUUGAGUAUUUGUGACGUGAGUUACUUGUGCAAACCGUGUCCUACCGCGUCGUGUUCGAAUAGCUCCGAGUUAGCGAUUCUACAGGGUGUUGAACUUGGGUCUGAAGUAGUCCCUUUCCUACGAGAUGAUCGAAACGACGACAUCGCUGUGAAAGGUGCUGACGGCAUCAUUCAGUAUCUCUAUCAGGAGUAUCUGGAUGGCGAAGAACCAGCUUCUCUUGUCUCAUUGUUUCAGAGGUUCGCUCAAGCGUCAAAGAUCAAUGAUGCUUCGCAUCGGCGUACUUCACGUGCAGGUGAGCAGCCUUUGAUUUUUUGGGGUUACGAAGCUUCUCCAUUUUGCGCUCUAGUGCGAAAAGCUCUGAACGAGCGGGGAAUUUCUUAUGUUUUUCGUCCAUGUGCACGCGGUAGCCCAAGAAGGAGUUUGCUUCUCAAUCGCACCGGUAUAUUUCAAGUACCUUAUCUUGAAGAUCCGAACACCGGGAUCUCGUUAUUCGAGAGUGUCGAUAUCAUCAGCUAUCUGAAGAAGACCUACGACUAG